GCCUGCAAGAACCCACGCCCAGGGAGUGUCACUCCAGUCACCCGGGACCUGGACGCCUCUGGAGAAGAGUCCUGCCCGCUCAGGGCCAGGCAUCGAGGAGACAUCGGAGUCGCUUCACACCGCUCCAGGUGUCCUCAUGACUACGCUUGCGGACCAUGCCCAUGAUCCUUUUUGCCAGCGUAGUACGGGUGAGGGAUGGACUGCCCCUCUCAGCCUCCACUGACUUUUACCACGCCCAGGAGUUUCUGGAAUGCCGGAGGCAGCUCAAGGCCUUAGCCCGGAGGCUGGCUCAGUACCCAGGCCGAGGUUCUGCAGAAAGCCGCGACUUCAAUAUCUAUUUUUCGUCAUCGGGGGACGUGGCCUGCAUGGCCAUCUGCUCACGCCAUUGCCCAGCAGCCAUGGCCUUCUGCUUCCUGGAGACUCUGUGGUGGGACUUCAUGGCCUCCUACGACACCGCGCGCAUUGGCCUAGCCUCCCGGCCCUACGCUUUUCUUGAGUUCGACAGUGUCAUUCAGAACACAAAGUGGCGUUUUAACCACAUGAGCUCCUCCCAGAUGAAGAGUGGCCUGGAAAAGAUUCAGGGGGAGCUGGAGUUCCAGCCUCCAGCAGUGCUGUCCCUGGAGGGCACGGAUGUGGCGAAUGGCGUGCUGAACGGCCACGCCCCAGUGCACCCUGAGCCCGCUCUGAAUCUCCGAAUGGAGCCAGUGACAGCGCUGGGUGUCCUCUCCCUCGUCCUCAACAUCAUGUGCGCCGCGCUGAACCUCGUCCGUGGAGUUCACCUGGCAGAGCACUCCUUACAGGUUGCCCAGGAAGAAGUUGGGAACAUCCUGGCCUUCUUCAUUCCGUCCGUGGCCUGUAUCGUCCAGUGUUAUCUGUACCUGUUCUAUAGUCCGGCCAGGACUCUGAAGGUGGUGCUGAUGCUGGCCUUCAUCUGCCUGGGCAACGUGUACCUGCAUGGGCUGAGGAACACCUGGCAAAUCCUCUUUCACAUAGGCGUGGCCUCCCUGUCCUCGUACCAGAUCCUGACCAGACAACUGCAGGAGAGGCAGUCCGACUACGGAGUGUGAGGACAGCAUCAUGCAGCGCAUGGAGCCUUCGAUCUUUUUUUUUUUUUUUACGCCCCUGGAAGGCCAGUCUGUCUCCACUCCUGCUUCUCAGCUUCACCUCAGAUCUCCGUCCUUGAAGCUCCUGAGGUCACAGAUCCCGGCAGGUGCGGCGGAGGGCCCGGGGCUGCCGGUUGCAGCCUAGGUCUGUGUGGAUGGAGCAUUUGUGCAGAAGAGGCACAGGGCGGGGCAGCGGAAGCUGGAGCUUGCUCAGAGCAUCCCUGACGGUCGGAGCGGCAACGCUCUGGCCUCCUAAAUCAAAUGAUACUGCAGACCACUCGGUCCCAGAAUGGUAGUUUUGGCCCUUGGCAGGAGUCUGCAAGGAAACUCUUGACAGUUGAAAUCAUUUGCAGUUUCAGUGUAACUUUGGUAGGUUUUCCUUGGAGUGUCAGUUCAGGGUAAAUUAAAAGCUUGGAAAUAUGGUUCAUAAAUAUAAGCUAGGUAAAUCUUGUUUACAUUUUUGAUAACUUGGGUUCGGUAUACCUUUGGGAUAUUUAAAAUAUAUUUUGGGUACAAAUCGAAGCUCAUUUAGAAUGAAGGUAAACGCAGGCUGAGGAAAUGCUAAGGAGAUCCGAGCUUAUUUUAUUUACAGAGAUCCUUUAUGGUGGUUGGACCGUGGCUACAGAUGUGGUUUGCAUCUAUUUGCAGGGUCUACCUGAAAAUCUCUAAAUUAAAUAACCAAUAUCACUGGGUCAUAAGCACACGGGCCAUGAGCAGAUGUGAGAGCUUCAGGGUCCUUUCCAGGGGGGCAGAGAGGAGUGGGAAGUUGCUGGGGUUCAGAGGUCCCUGAUGAACCGGGGAGCUGUGUGUGUGUGGCAGCUGAGCGCCUGUCACGGUAGCACUGCUGGAGAUGACGUGGCCCUGCGUCCCUCCUAGAGAGGCCCCCUUAUAGCAUCUCGAUCAGACCGAGGGCCUGGUUGUUCUGGGGACAGGCAGUAAGUAGGUGUCAGCCCCGUGCAACUGACCGGUGCCGCACAGCAAAGGUGUGCUUCUGAAUAAGAGCCCCCGCAUCUCCAGGGUGACUGUCUGGUGGCACUCAAGAAGCCAUGUUGGGGUUCACCCCUCCGGCUUGUUUUUGGGACAGCGCACCCACGGCUGUGUGGGCUGACCCAUCAGUGACUCCCCAAAGUUCCCGAGCAGUGGGGAAGGUGAGGGUGUAGGGCUAGAGAGUUCUUUUGUUUGUUUAGGAGAGCCUCUGUGACUCAGAACUGGGCUGGGGAAGUAUUGCUAUCGUGGCCUUGUUUCCCCAGAGGAGAUUUUUCUAUCUUUGAUCAAACACUGUCUGGGUAUGAUGUCAAUACUGGCAACAUCCUUGGGUGUGAACGUCCACCUUGUGUGUGUGUUGAUCUCACGCCUGUGUAACUGUAUGUAUACCGUGCAGGCAAAUGCUCACUCUUCCUGAGAGAGGAUUUUGAAGCGGCCAAAGAGGGAGCCAGAGAGAGGAGGGAAUUCUUUUAGUUCAAAGCACACACUCAAAAAAAAUUUUUUAAGUAAGUUAAAAAAAAUCAGCCUAAAAAGUGUAUUGUCUUCCUUUUAGGCCUGUGUGGCGUUGUGUUGGCCUGUGUCUGGAGACUCUCACACUGGAGGGUCUGAGCCUGUGUUGGCCUGUGUCUGGUACCCUCACACUGAGAGUCUGAGCCUGUGUCUGGAGACCCUCACACUGAGGGUCUCAGCCUGUGUUGGCCUGUGUCUGGAGACCCUCACACUGAGGGUCUGAGCCUGUGUCUGGAGACCCUCACACUGAGGGUCUCAGCCUGUGUUGGCCUGUGUCUGGAGACCCUCACACUGAGGGUCUGAGCCUGUGUCUGGAGACCCUCACACUCGAGGGUCUCAGCCUGUGGUUUUCAGUUCACAAGCGGUAAUGAAGCGGUCCCUGAGACGCUUCAUGCCCCAUAGAUGCUAGUGAGGGUGUUGUCCACACUUGGUUGACACAGCUCAUGAAUUAUCAUCUAGACAGGGUUCCAGGCCGUCGUAAAUGGAAGGAAGAGGCACCCUUGAGGGAAACAGGAGACAGAGAAACCUUUAACUGGAAUCCAGCCUAGAAGCCUCACCUCCCUGGAGGAAGAGGCGGCUGACAGUCACAAAGUCCCCGGGAAACCCCGGGCCCUGGGGUUACUUGGUUCUGGCCUAGAUGUAGUUCGCCCCCGUGGAAUCUUUGAUGCCAGGAGAGUGGUUCCAAGACAGGCGUGCUCCUCUCUGCCGGGCACCGGUUGCCGUUCUGGUCUUUAGGCGAGUGGUCAGUUGCUGCUGCCCAGCUGGCCCGAACGAAGCAGUGGUGAAACUGUUUCAGGGGCUCCUGCUCGGAUGCCCACAGACUGCGGGCUUCUGCCGACACCCGGGUGGGAGUGGCCCAGCACCCAGGGCAGGAAGCAGACAGUUUGUCUUGUGGGCCUUGUCUUGAUGGGGGACUGUGCCUGACUUUCCUUUUCCUGGGCUCGAGUUUCCCCUCUGUCCUGGAUGCCUCGCUGACCCCCUGGCUGUGGUUCUCGCUGUCUGUGAGCCCUGCUGACACGCACUGUGGGCAUUUCCCUUGACCCCCUUCCCUUCCUGGCUGCGGCAUAUUCCCUCUCUCCCCCUUGUUCCGCCUCCUACCGUCCUGCCUCCAGACCCCUGCAGAGACGCUGGCUCCCGAAGUGUCUCACCCUGUCUCACCUUGGCUCAGAGCUCAGGAGAAGCAGCACUUUGGCAGUCAUCCCCUCUUGGGGGCUGCCUUAGCCAACAGGCCCGAGAAAAUGACCGCUUGGAGCAUAGGACACGGCGUGAGGCCCAAGCCUCCGUUCACACCCGUACCGUGCUGCCCCUUGAAGGAGCUGCCUGCUCACUGUAACACCAGCACAGCCACCCUUCCGUCUCCUCCACACGUCUGACAAUGAAUGACUAACAAAAGAGGCCGGGCGCGGUCAGGCGUGCACACUGCUGUCAGCUGUGCCCAGCAGUCCUUUGCUGAGCUCAUGCCUGAAUGUCCCUCUCGGGUGUGGGGCCUUUCUACCUGUGUGCUGUGAGGGCCGGGAGUGGUGGAGGAAGAGGACAAGGCGUGGCCCUUGAGAGGUGAAGUGGGGGAAGGGCCACACGGGUCAGCCAACCGAGCGGCCUAGAGGUCAGCUUUGCUCUCCCAGUCAGUCUCUGUGGAAGUCCCUGCCUGCCAUCCCCAGCGUCUUCACCUGCAGGAGGGCAGGGGCACCACUCUGCCAUCGCAGCAUGCUCCUGUGAGAAUUGCAGGUGGCCACAGAGGCUCUGGUGAAGAGGAAGAGAGGGCGGCCAGAUCACUGGGUGUGUGCAGCAGGCAGAAGACCUCACCUGUGUCCAAACAUUUACAAGGUGGCGUUUAUUCCGGAAAGGAAGUGGCUGCCUUCUGCCCCUGGACCCGCCUCUUGGAUUUUUGUGCGCGGACAGUCGUCAGCACCCGCUCUAGGAUCCCAGGAAUCUGGUCUGUACGUUGGAUCAGACUUCACUGUGUGUUUCCAGCGUCAACAAGGAGAACCCCGGCCCCUCACUCCCUCCACCCAGAAGCAGCGUUGUCCCUCUUGUGUGGCUGGGGAGAGACAUCAGGAGGACAACUGUGGAAGGGGGCUUGCUAUUCGCAUCUGGUUAUAGUGGGCUAGGGAAAUGCCUGCCCAUAGGAAGUGAUGGGCAGGCCCGUGGCCCACAGUUGCCUUAAAUUAAACCCAUUCUUUCCCUUUGACCCAUGUUUGCUGCUUUAUGUGUGAUCUUUAACCCUUGUGUUGAUAUGAUCCUUAGAUUGCUUUAGAAAUGUUACCUAAUGAAUUCUUUGUAUGACUCAGCCCCUAGGAUUUGAUUGGGCUUAGUGGGUUUUUCUACGAACAAAAAAAAAAUAAAAAAAUAAAAAAAAUCAAGGCUAAUUAAGGCAAAACCAUUCAUUCCACACACUCAUCCCCAGGGUUGCUGCCCAGAUUAUAAUCUACUUUUCAAUCAAUAACAAAGCUCUAUUUUGAGCACAGGGUGGGCACAUUUUCACUUUCACAUUCUCGUGCCGAAACUCGAGACGACGUACUCCGGUCGUACAGCUGUUCAUAUACCGUGUAUACUAAAAUGGCGCGAGGUAGAUUCAGAAGUGUGUGGAGAAUAAAUCUAAAGCGUUUACCAGUG